AUGGACACACAGUCGUCAAGCGAUUCGUCGCUGCCCAAGCCAGGCGAUUUGAUCUGGGCGAAGAUGAAAGGUUUUCCACCCUGGCCUGCUAAAGUUUUGGAAAAAGAUAAGGAUACACCAAUGUCUCGCAUUCCUGUUAUAUUCUUCGGCACUGGUGAAAAAGCGUUUAUGAAGCCAUCUGAUGUAUCAGAUUACUACGAAAACAAAGCACAGCAUGAAGUUCCCAGAAAACAUAAGGGUUUCAACGAAGCUAUUCAUGAAAUACGUGUAGCAGCUGGUUUUGAAACAGCAUUCGAUGCUGAUCCUCUUUUUGGAGCGAGUACGUCGAGCAAAGGCCCAUCGCCUAUGCUUUCGGGAACCCUUGAAGAUAGGCUUCGCUCUGGUAAUGGCAAAUUACUAAAUGAUGCAUUCUUAUCGGGUUUCGAACGGCGUAGAGCAAAUUCUGCUUCCACGAGGUCACGAUCUAGAGCCAGCAGUUCAGCUUCCGCUCUGAAGAAAUUGCAUAAAGCUAUGCAUCGUCGACGACUCGAUAGCGGUAGUUCCGCUGGUUCUCGCCUUGUCAAAGGGUUGCCAGGAUUCGCUGACCGUGGUUUUGACCUCUUCGACAACUUUCAGGUGCUCUUUUUGUAUUUUUCAAACUUCGGUGUGCAAGAAGGGUUGAAUGAGGAGGUGUAG